AUGUCUACAAGUCACUUUUUCGAGAGAGCGAACCACAUGCAAUUCUAUGGGGGCCAGUCAUUUACGAACGCAAAUAACAUCAUCAAUAAUUACAAUUCGGCACGCACGGAACUCGAACCUGGAUCGUCAAGUUCUCAGAGGGACGACGACCAAUGGUUGAUUUUGCGUGGCGGACAAAGGCUCAGACGAAUAGACAUGUGCGAUAUAAUCACCCUGCGUGAGGUGUCUUCAAAGAUACAUCAUGUGUCGGUCAAACUGAAGACCACGAACCCAUUUCGAAAUAGGAUGAGAGGUAUUGUGAAGAUCCGGAAAAGGAUUCAGAGCGCGGAAGUUGCUGAGUUUGGAGAUCGACGGUUUUCAGUCGUUUCACUUGAACCCGAGGACGAUGGAAAUGUCGAGAAGCUAUGGACGGUACUAGAGCCACUUUUUGAAACCACUCUCUCUCAACGUCGAGUAUGGCUUACACAACUCUUUGGAGUGGGUUGGUCAAUGACACCAACACUGAUAUACCACGAUGAGGUCAUCGAUGGGUUGACUGUUAUAUGGCGAUACUGGGAAGCACCGAUCGUAUGGAGCUACCUGUUCUACAGACAUUGGCAUUCAGUUCUCGACGUGCAAGAUGACGGAACUUUACAGAAGUUUUCAAUUCCGCUUUCGAACCAAAUGCGUGACUGGACGUUCAAUCUGACGACUCGCUCAUUCCAGUAUGACGUCAUAACCGGUGCCCUCUCCGACGGAGACAUUGAAGAAGACUACUUUGAUCGACUGCCCCCACUUGCAUGCGACUGUAAUCCACUGCUCGAUCCCAACGAGAUAAUCUGCGCUCUUCCGAACUUCUUACAGCUGGUUUCAUUGUUUGGAGGAUAUCGCCAUAUAAAAGCCUCUGUUCGCCACCAUGUCGAGCUAAUAUUUGGCACUGUUGUUAAUCUCAGGAAACCCGGAAUCCUUGCAUACUUUCCUUGUAUCCCAUCUCCUGUGUGGUCCUGUGAACUGUCUAUUGGUACUCCCGACAUCACUGCAAAGUAUUCAAAAUCAGUCCCUUCACUAGUUGAUCUCACUUUCGUGAAGUAUAAGGACAAAUGUAAAAUGGCUGUUAAGUUCUCAUUACAACUACCACCAGAGGAGCGACUCCAGACUGCCUAUCUCGUGCAGUCAUUCCCUUUUUACAACAGUUAUGGCGUCUCCAAUGAUUUGGUCUUUAUUGAUGAGCUUGGAUUUGAACUCAUUGGGAUCUUUGCAUCUGAUCUGUCGAGUUGCCCACCAAAAUACCUACAUGUCCCGCCUCUUUCCCCCAAAUGGAUCAACAAUAUGCCCUGCCUUCGCUGGCCACCAAAGGAUCAAUUAUUUUACUGGUCCUUUGACCGUAGUGGGAGGAUGGAGAUUGCAAAAGAGCUUUGGGAGCAGUUUGGGAUUCCACAGCUGAGCGUGCAACCAUAUUUUGGGUCAGGAUGGUAUAGACAGGAGUAUGAGGCAGUUCAGGAGUAUCUUGAUCUUAAUAGGUAUGACUUGGGUGGCCAACAGUUUGCUAAUUAUCAUGGGUAUCCGAUUCUAGUCAAAGGUAAGAGACUUGAGUUCUUGAUUCCUGAUAUUCACCCCCACAUCAGGAAACAGGGAAAUGGCCCAUACACCCGGGCCGACGCUCAGUAG